CUGCUCGCGAUUGGCGGACUAACUGCGGCAAGCACCGUUGCCCUCCUGCUGAUCCUGGGCCUGAUCCUGCCCGGUCUGCCCUUUGACGCGCUAUUCGGCGGCGCUGGCAAUCGGGACAUCUUUGAGACCGGCGCGGCCCAGUCGCAGCCGAAGAUUGAAGUAACCGAUGUCCAAAUCGUUACUCCCGAAAGCGUGCAGCCCGACCAAAACGUCGCUCCCCCGCUGCCACCUAAUCCCGUGCUCGGCGGCGUGGACAUCUUCUACAACUGCCCCGACGCUCGGCCCCACCGUCAGCGACCCCCAGGGCCAGACCAUCCGCGGCGGACUCCUCCACUCGGCUUCGACAGCGUAACCAGCGUCCGCGCCGGCAAGUACAUGGAAAUCACCCUCGAGGCCGACACCGAAGCCCACGCCUCCGACCAGGUCCGCCAGAUGUGCGACAAGCUCCUCGCCAACCCCGUCAUCGAAGACUACCACUUCGACCUAGACCUACUUAACCAAUAG